AUGGCAACCUUUGUGCCAUCUUUGCACGCCUCUACGCUCCAAGCGGACUUUUUGCUUCGUCGCAGCCAAGACGCCGUGCACGCUGUGAUCAACGACCACAGCGUUUUCCAAGCUUUCAGCGACGCCGGUCAUCCAGCGACGGUCCCCGUUGAGGAGUGGCGCAACGACAGUGGCGAAGUAUUCCAGUCACACUAUCAGUUCGACACUGAUGAGUGGAAUGCGAUGCGUUUUGAGCUGGCGAAGCGCGCUGGCAUUGAUGAAUCUGUUCUCAUCAUGACCAACUUGACCACUCGCCAAAACUCUGAAGAUCCUCCGGACUUCUUUUGCACGAACUUCAACAAGAACCCUAAGGUGUACUCAACAACAGCGGGACUGGCCCUGGGAGGAGUCUGCCAGUAUUUGGUCGAUGGCGGCGCCCUUCUUGGCAAGACCCAGAUUGUACGACGCAAUGUUCCGGACGUAAACAACAGGGCCGUUGUUGCGAUCUUUCGCUACACGUGGUACAAUUUGAAAUGGGCUACGGUGUCUGCUUGCACCGUGGCGGGGAGCAUCGGGCUGAAUGAAGCGUGCUCUCAGCCGGCGACAGGGAACGAGGGCGAGCAGCCUGCCACUGCUGGGUUUGAUGGCAAAAACGCGGAAGUCGAGAUCGGCCUCGAAAUUGCUGCUGCUUGAAUGAAAAUGGUACAAUGUGGUACGGGUCGGGGUGAUGAUGUUGGUAGUCGGGAAGAGGUCGUCAACCAUGAGCGAUGCACGUCAUGAGCGAAUAGAUAUCGAUUGAAUGUUAGUAUUUGUGGUCUUCUGCGCCACCAGCAUCUGACUUGUGCCAUAUACAUGAUUUCCCGGCCAUCCGGAAGCGACUCCGAGGUUUAGUCUGCGUGUGUUGUGUGCUGUUGGCAUGUCUCAAGUUAGUGUCCUUCAUCAGCUCGCAAAUCCAAUACGUACGUCAGAACCGCUCCCUUGAUUUGUGGACGGCGACUAUGCCAGGAGGUGGUUCCUUCGCGCGGCAGAAGUUCAGUGUGAUUCGUGUGUAGGAGCAGGGAUUGUCUGUGGCACAGCACAGUAGCGCCGCUAGCCCCACGCCCCAUAAAUAAAAG